AUGAAGUAUGAAAAAUUCGAAAAAAAGUGUGAUGAUAAAACCUCAGUUUGGCACUACUUUCUCCGAGCAGAAGAUGGUCAGUCAGGCAAAUGCAAUUUAUGCCAAAAAAUAAUACUAUCUCACGGAGGCACAACAACUGGUAUUCGCGUUCAUUUAAAAUCGUCGCAUAUAAUAGACAUUAGUAACGUUAAUUCAAAGUCUGACAAUGAAGAAACUAAUGACAGUAGCAUAAACCGACCAUCUACAUCUGCUUCUCCAACCAUUACGACCGCUGUGUCAAAAUCAAAAGGCGAAUCUUGUUCAGCGUCCUCAUCGAUGGUAAAAAAAAGGAAAUUGACUGAUUAUUUUCAAAGUAAUCACUCCCUUGAAACAACCGUCAGUAGAAUGGCAGCUUUGGACGGCAAACCAUUCAGUGUAUUUUGUAACUCUGAGGAUCUGCGAAGACUGUUUACAAAUUCUGGCUACAAUAAAUUACCGAAGACUCCAAAAGGUAUAAAAAAUAUAGUCAUAAACUAUAGUAAACAGGAAAAGAAAAAACUGGUGACUGAACUGAAAAAUCUAUUAGCCCUUGGUAAAAAGUUUUCUUUGAGUUUUGAUGAGUGGACAUCAUCUCGUAACGCCAGAUAUAUGAAUAUCAACAUUCACAUAGGAGUUGAGUUCACAGAUGGCUCACGUUUCAAAAAUCUGGGUUUGGUGCGAAUGGAUGGUUCAAUGCCAUCUGAGGCGUGUAUCAGACUUUUGAAAGAAAAGCUUUCAGAAUUUGAGCUUUCUUUAGAUAGAGAUAUAGUCGCAAUAGUCACUGAUGGCGCCAGCGUCAUGUUAAAAGUUGGAAGAAACCUGCGCGCUUAUCAUCAAGUCUGCCUUGCACACGGUAUUCAGCUAGCUGUACUUGACGUAUUAUACAAGCAAGGCGGUGCGGAAAAUGUGCGAUCCCCUGAUAUUGCUGUUACUGCUGGUGGAAGUGAAAGUGACUCCGAAUUCGAGAACGACGCAGAUAGUGCUGAAGACGAAACCGGGGGUUUUGAAGUAAUACCGGUGGUGUCAAACUCAAACCCAAACGAGCUUAAUAAUGACUAUAAAAGUGUCAUCAGUAAAGUACGUGCAGUAGUCAAAAUUUUUAAAAAUUCUCCAGUGAAGAAUGACAUGUUUCUACAGAAACAUGUAAAACAGGAUACGGGAAAAGAACUCCAGCUACUAGCCGAUUGUAAGAUUCGUUGGGGAAGCAUCUCUACUAUGGUGGAUAGAUUCAAUAGGUUAAGAUCAUGUGUAUCCAAACCACUGAUUGACAUGAACUCUGAUAUCAAGUUCACACAGAGCGAGUUUCAUACUUUGGACAAUUUCCAGAAAAGUCUGAAUAUUAUCAAAGUGACAGUCGAAGCACUGUGCCGGCGUGAUGCAACUCUAUUAACUGCUGAUGCGGCUAUGAAAUUUAUGCUACGUAAAUUAGAUAGUCAAAAUUCUACACUGUCAAGACUUCUCGCAAGAUCAUUGCGCGUGCGCAUUUCCCAAAGACGACUUUUUAUUGCAUCUACUUUGCAGUAUCUCCAAAAUCCUGAAACAUAUUUCAGUGAAGUUGCUACCGCCGAGUUCCCAAAAACCCCAGAAAUGGUGGAGGAAAUUUAUUCACUAACUCAAAAUUUUGAAGAUGAACCUGUGGUUAGAGUUAUGGAUGAUUUGGCCUUGGAUAAUAGCGCCAGCAGCGUGAGUGGAGAUUUAGAAAGCGUUGAUUUUGCUAAAGAACUUAAUAAAUCAUUGAAGGAGAAAAAUACAAAUAUGCGAAAUAGAAAUGAAACAGAAGAUGAAGCUAACAGAGAUGGUGGUUAUGGUGAAAAUGAUAAGCAUAAGUUAAUUCAAAUUGAAAUGGCAUUGUUUGAAAAUGGUGGCAACCGCGGGUUCUAUUUAGACAUGGCGUACAGACAUUUACUGACGCUACCCCCCACGAGUGUAGAGUCUGAAAGAGCGUUCUCGUCUGCGGCAUAUACGUGCAACAAAAUAAGAUCGUCUCUCAAAGACAAUACCUUGGAUGCCCUCUGCUACUUACGUUCCAUAUUUAAGCAAUCGCGAUCUCGUGAAUUGCCGUAG